CGAAGGUGCGAACGCCUGCACAAGCCGGAAGAUCCAGAUGCGGCGAUUCUUAUCACAGAUUCUUGACAAACAGAUCGCCAAAUCGACACCAUUUAGUGAUUCAUCUCUCUAUACCUCACAGACAUGGAUAUAAACUCGAAUUCUGCAUAACCACAAUUACCCUUUCUCCUCUCAUAAGAGGUAGCGGGAUGGUGUUGUAUCCUGAACGCUUCUUCUAACAUGGAUUUUUCGGUAUCAAGGGACGUGCGUCUAUUGGUUUUGAUUUUGGUCAUUAUCGUUGCACACAAAGCAAGAGGGCAAAGAGAGCUUCUGUGCUCGAAGGCGACUGACUUGGCUAUCAUCCUCGACUCCUCUCUUGAUAUCGGCAACGAAUGGCAGAAUAUGCUCGCAUUCAGUAACGCCAUGGUGGACGCGUUUAAUAUCGGAGCUAACAAGACCCGCGUGGGGAUUAUCACAUUCAGCCAGAACCCAGAACUCUACCUUGGCUUCAAUGACUUACAGGGCGAGAAUGUGACGGAAGAGGCGAUCAAGGGGAGGAUCGCGACCAUCAAACACCAGAGGAACCCGGGCCGGUUUAUCGACCGCGCACUAAGGUUCGCAGACAAGGAGUUGUUCGUGGCUCGUAAGGGCAUGAGGGUAGAUCCAGAUAUUUUAAGGGUACUGGUAGUGGUGGUUGGGGGCAGACAGACCAGGAAUGGAUUUCCAGUGAAUCUGCGGCAGGUAGCUCGACCUCUUCGCCUCAAACGUGUGGACAUGUUUGCUGUUGGCGUUCCUCAACUUGCUGAGAUUGACGACGAGGACCUCAUACAAAUGGCCAGCAAACCAGAGAAUGUCAUGACCGCGAAGACAUUCGCAGAGUCCGUGAGCCUUGUAGAGGAGAUCGCAAAGCUUGCUUGCGGAAUCAAGAUUUUAGAGGUAUGUUACCGUGUCACAGGGUGUAUACCAUGUAUGGGUAUAACAGCCUCAGAAAACCCUAUCACACAAUGCCCUGUCACGUAGUACCGUCACGCAUUUACCUCCACCCGAAUCCCUGACCCAGAGCAUCAAGACACACAUUUUGUCACACCACUUCCUGUCGCAUAGUGCCCAGUCACGUAAUACCGUCACGCACUUCCCUGAUCCCAGAGCGUCAAGACACACAUCUUGUCACACCACUACAUGUCACACGGUGCCCAGUCACUGAAUACCGUUACGUACUUACCGUCACCCAAAUCCCUGGCCCAGAGCAUCCAGACACAUCCCGUCAUAUUACUUCCUGUUACAUGUUUUACAGUCACGGAACGUAGGUACAGCAUUUGAUAGGUCAUGGUAUGACAUCGUGAUCGUGAUUUAAUGGUGGUCAUUACACAAAUGUUCGCGAUUCUCUCAAUAAUUCCAAACACAAUACCAAGAGAAAUUGCGUUUGGAAUUCACUUGGCUUCAUGCCAAAUUACCUGAAGCAGAAACACCUAGGCGUGAUCAAACAGACAAAAUAGUCUGGUUGAGUUUGUUUUGCUAUUUUAUAUUGUUGUAGUAUGUCAACAUUUGUUGUUGUUGUUUUAACUGUUGUUGUCACGAGUAAUUAGUACUCAAUAUACAGAAUCCUCGCUUCAAAAGGACACCUCGUUAUGACGAACAGUAUUUCGAGGUCCCAAGACGGAAGCGCAAUAUAUUUUCUGUUAAGGAAACCUCGUUAUAACGAACAGUACUUCUAGGUCCCAACGAAAC